AUGGGGUCGCUCAGCUCCUGGUUUGCCGCGCCACGCGCACUUCGGUGGACCCGUCUCUGGCUCACGCUGUUGAUCGUUUUACUCGGGGUGCACCUUCGGACAGAUGCGGCACUACCUGUGGCAGAAGUUGCCAGCGGUGACGGCACCUCGGAGAGCGGGAGCUCUGGAACGCAACCGAACGUGCCUGUACGUGUUCAGCUUCCGUUGGAAGCGAAACGGCAGUCGCUCGAGCGAGAACGCGCUGAACUCCUCAGAGACGCCCAGCUUGGCCGCCUUAGCCUCCGGGAUCCAGCAGUCCAGGAAAAGCUGCGCAAGCUGAACGAGGGCUUGCUCCGAUUGCAACCGUUGAUACGGAGAAACCCUGCAAAUGCGGAGAGCGAACAACGCCCGAACUCGGGGCCGCCUCCAGACCACGGAACCCAGUCCGGGGAGCAUCGACAUCGACCACAUGAGCUCGGCGAGGAACUCGCCAUCGAGUGCUUGACACCGGACCUCAGCAGCUGGGAACCGAUGCAGUGUCGCAACCAACAAGAUCCAGUUGUUAUUCGCUUUGGUCUGGAUACGGAUUUCCAGUGCAGCUGGCCACUCGAGAGCGAUGCUGCAUACACACUCUUGCGUGAUGCACUAGCCAUGCAGCGCGCUAUUCACUGCCGUGUGCCGCUGGACAACGAGCUAUCCGCGGGACACUUGCGUUUUUUCGCUCCAGUAACGAUCACGCUCUGGGGCAUUGCCGAGGGCUCUCAUCUCCAUGUGAAUACUCAUGUGAACUUCGUUUUCCAUGCCCACCGGGGAUACAUUCUAGGUGCAGCAGCGUAUUCUGUGCGAGAUCAUUUUCAGAUUGUACAGCCUGGUGGUGUACUACAGCUUCAUGGCAAAGUUCACUGGUUUGACGGCCACGCGUUUGUGCCGUACGUUCACGAACCUUUCCGCCUGCCGCCAGCGGCGGCGCGUCGUCUGACCAGUGCCGUACUGGCAUUGUGGCUUUCAACGCUCGUGCUCAGCGGAGUCGUGUUCACGCUAUUCUACAAGAAAGUACUGAAAGUGCGUUUGAUUCGUCGACUUGACCCCACGUUUAAAGCUGAAUAG